AAGUGUCCUAGCUAUUUUUGAAGAUCUUAGGACAUUUGUUUGCACACUAAAACAGCAGGACCGCGUGUUGUUAUGGUUCGGAGAUGGCACCUGUGAACGUGAAGAAAGUGGUGUCAGCUUUUUCUGUUUACUCCAAAAAGAAUAGGGGGAGCCUACAAAGAUAAACCUGGUAUUCUAGAAAUGCCUCGUGAUCAACUGUUUGCAGAUAGAUUACAUAUCAUGGUUGUGAAAAAGAAGAAGAAACUAGAUGUACUUAAGAAAGACAACAAAAGAUUAGAAGUGCCAAAUCAAGAUACCUUGGAAGACAUCUCCAUAAUCACUAAGAGGCAGUCCUCUGCAAACACUGAUAGCCUUAAAUCAAAGAGAAAAAAGAAGAAGAAAAUCUCAAAUCGUACUAUAGAGCUGGAAGAAAGAGAUGGAGAUGAAAACAAUGAAGAAGAUACGGCUGUCAGUGAUCAGUAUCUUGAAAAAACAAAUGGGCAUGAGGAGUCAGAAAACAUGGGAAGCAUUGAAGAAGGAAAAAUAAUGUUUGAAUGGCUUGUUCAUCCUCUCCGUUUUGAUGAAUUCAUGAAGGAUCCAUGGGAAAAGAGGCCAUAUCAUGGACAACGGAAUAAUCCAUCCUAUUAUUCAGCUGUGUUAUCUACAGAGAUGAUAGAUAAAAUGUUACGUAAACACAAUGUUAAGUUUACGAAGAAUAUUGAUGUAACAACAUAUUCAGAUGGAGUUAGAGAGACUUUGAAUCCUCCAGGAAGGGCAACUGCAGAAAGGGUGUGGGCAUACUAUGAAAAUGGAUGCAGUGUGAGAUUAUUAAAUCCUCAGUCAUUCAUUCCACAGGUUGGAAUGAUGGUUGCAACACUCCAGGAAUUAUUUGGAUGUAUGGUGGGUGCUAAUGUGUAUCUUACUCCUCCAGAUUCACAAGGAUUUGCACCUCACUAUGAUGACAUAGAAGCAUUUGUAAUGCAGAUAGAAGGCAAGAAACACUGGCGUGUCUACUCACCCCGGUCUGAAAAAGAAGUACUUCCACGAUUUUCAAGUCAAAAUUUGACUCAGGAGGAACUGGGUGAACCCUUACUCGAUGUGGUUCUGACUGCAGGGGACAUUCUGUACUUCCCUCGUGGCUUCAUCCAUCAAGCAAACACUGUUCCAGGAGAACAUUCAUUGCAUAUCACAUUAUCAAGUUACCAGCGACAUUCAUGGGCUGACAUUCUUGAAAAGAUGCUGCCUGCAGCACUUAGCGUUGCUACUGAGGAAACUGUAGAUUUUCGGCGAGGCUUACCAGUUGAUUAUCUGCAGUAUAUGGGAGUUGCACACAGCGAUAAAACUGGAGAUGAACGUAGAGAAGCUUUCAUAACACAGCUGCAUCAGCUGUUUGAUAAAUUGUGGGAACAUUUGCCCAUUGAUGCAGCUGUUGAUCAGAUGGCAAAGGAGUUCAUGCAUGAUGCAUUUCCUCCUGUUCUAACAGAAGAAGAAGUGAAACAGACUGUAACAGGUGGAGGGUUAAGAAUGUUAAGUGAUGGGAAGAUAUCGAAGGACACCAAACUACAGCUUACUACAAAAAUAAAACUGCUCCGUGCACACAUACUGAGGCUAGUAAUGGAAGAUGACAAUGAUGAGGAUAAUGAUGAUGAAGAUACUGUCGACAUUUUUCAUUAUGCUGAUAAUUCUAUGGAGUACCAUGGAGAAGAUCCACAAUCAUUCAAAAUUUCAGCAGACUUAGCUCCAGGUGUUGAAUUUCUCAUCAGCUGUUACCCACAGUUUGUCAGUAUCUCAGACAUACCACUGGAUACUGACAGUGAGAAGAUAAACCUGGCUUCAGACCUUUGGCAGCGUGGGCUCCUCCUCAAGUGUGAUUAGAGUUCCUAACUGGUUUUUGUAAAACAUUUCUGAUCUGUGUUUUUGACUGAGCAUCUUCAAAAGUGUGGCAGAUUACGACAUCCUACACCUCAGCUUGUGAUGCUUGUUCUUUCUGUAGCCAGAUUAAACUUUUAAUAAACUGACUUCACUUUGUUGCUGAA